CCUCCCCACUCCCCGCGAGUCUUAUCCUGAGGCCGCGUCCCCCACCCCAUGAUCCCGCCCGGGGUCCCGUGCUGAUGACUGAGAAAACAGGCUCAGCUGAGUGAAGGAUCCCGCGCCCCCGACCUUGUGGAUAACUUCCUCUGGUCCCUCCCGCAUCCCAUCGGGAAGGACCUGCCCCCUCAGCCCAAAAGCCUACCCCCUCAGGCUUCCAAAAGAGGUAGUGUCACUGGGCAGAGGUCCAGCGUUCUGGGCUUUGGAGAGUCCUUCCGCUCCUCACACACACAUCUCACCCUGGGUUAUGGCUGAGAUGGGGCAGUGGAUAGGCAAGGAAGCCUCACACCUCCCUAGGCAGACUUGCCCUUACCUCCCAGCCCAGGACAGCAGAAUCAUCAACGCAGAGAAAUCUGAGUUCAAUGAGGAUCAGGCAGCCUGUGGGAAGCUGUGCAUCCGGAGAUGUGAGUUUGGGGUUGAAGAGGACCAGGAAUGGCAGACCUUGUGCUCAGAGGAGUUCCUGACAGGUCAUUACUGGGCACUGUUUGAUGGGCACGGCGGUCCAGCUGCAGCUAUCCUGGCUGCCAACACUCUGCACUCCUGCCUGCGCCGGCAGCUGGAGGCUGUGGUAGAGGGCAUGGUGGCCACUCAGCCCCCCAUGCACCUCAGCGGCCGCUGCGUCUGCCCCAGUGACCCCCAGUUUGUGGAGGAAAAGGGCAUUCGAACGGAAGACUUGGUGAUCGGGGCUCUGGAGAGUGCCUUUCAGGAGUGUGAUGAGGUGAUCGGGCGAGAGUUGGAGGCCUCAGGCCAGGUGGGUGGCUGCACAGCCCUGGUGGCUGUGUCCCUGAAGGGAAAGCUGUAUGUGGCCAAUGCUGGGGACAGCAGGGCCAUUCUGGUGCGGAGGGAUGAGGUACGGCCCCUGAGCUCUGAGUUCACCCCAGAGACUGAGCGGCAGCGGAUCCAGCAGCUGGCCUUUAUCUACCCUGAGCUUCUGGCUGGUGAGUUCACCCGACUGGAGUUCCCUCGGCGACUGAAGGGGGAUGACUUGGGGCAGAAGGUCUUGUUCAGGGAUCACCACAUGAGUGGCUGGAGCUACAAGUGUGUGGAGAAGUCGGAUCUCAAGUACCCACUGAUUCAUGGACAGGGUAGGCAGGCUCGGCUACUGGGAACCCUGGCCGUCUCCCGGGGUCUAGGAGACCAUCAACUCAGAGUCCUGGACACAAAUAUUCAGCUCAAGCCCUUCUUGCUAUCUGUCCCACAGGUGACUGUGCUCGAUAUGGACCAGCUGGAGCCCCAGGAGGAGGAUGUGGUUGUCAUGGCAACUGAUGGGCUCUGGGAUGUCCUGUCCAAUGAGCAAGUGGCAUGGCUGGUGCGGAGCUUCCUCCUUGGCAACCGAGAGGACCCACACAGGUUCUCGGAGCUGGCCAAGAUGCUGAUACGCAGCACACAGGGGACAGACGACAGUCCCAUACAGGAAGGGCAGGUGUCCUACGACGACGUCUCUGUGUUCGUGAUUCCCUUGCACCACCACGGCCAGGGGCACAGUAGCCGCUGAGGAUUCAGAUACCGCAUCCCAGAACCACUAAGGGGCCAGGUGCGAUAUGGGUAUCCCUCCACCACGGUCAACAGCAGGUCUGCCUGCCCCAGUCCCAGACCGAGCCCUGACCCCAGGCUAUUUCAAGGUGCGCAUUUCUACAAGGCAGUCAGAGCUGGAAGAACAUAGGAGUUCCCCAGGUCCCCACCCCUGCCAGGCAAAGAACGCUACUGUCAAUAAUAACGUCUGGCAGAGUCACUUUACAUUAGGAAUCCACGGAAGGCUCCUCGGAGAGGAUCCUGAACAGCCUCAAUACAUUAUUCCCAAAUGGGGACAGCUGGACUAAGUGCAGUGGCCAAGGAUGCCAGAAAGGGCAGACAGCCUGUGGUUGGAUCCAGGUCUCUAAUGCAUGAAUGUCACUGAGAUCCUACUCUGCUCCCCUCUGUGCUGGAGGAGAGGCACGGACCCAGGGGCUAUAGUUGGGGGAGAAACUAACGGGCAGAAGGAGCCCCAGAGAGGUGGCUGAGUGGUGAAUGCCCUCGUCACUGCUCCUGACUGCUCCUCUCUGGCCCCAGCCCUGCCCAAGGCUGAUGCCUCAACAAUGCCCUUGUUGCUUCCAUCACCUCCCUAUUAAAUGUUUAUAUGCAGAGAA